AUGUCAGAGAGGUCCGGAGAGUCCGUGGAGAUUUGGACCGACCAUAAUCCCCUCGUCUUCAUUGAACGAAUGAAGGGUUCUAAUCAGAGGAUUUUGCGUUGGGCCCUGCAGUUACAGGAGUUCACGCUGAUACUUCUUGUCGCUUUCAUCGUGGGCGUCAUCAGCGCCGCCCCUCAAGGCCUGGCGCCCACCGCUACUAAAACGCCCACCGUGCCCAUUGUCCCAGUCCGUCCCUUUAUACCCAUCUUGGUCGAUACCCGUGAGGGCCCAGACGCCUCUGGGGCCUACAGGUUCAACUUCGAAGCCGGAAACGGCAUCAGACGAGAAGAGGGAGGAGUCCCCAAGGGUCCCGAUGGAGCCGUUGUAUCGCAGGGAGCUUGGUCAUUCACCUUCCCCGACGGUACUCCCGCUCUCUUCCGCUUCGUAGCCGACGAGAACGGCUACCGCGUCGUGUCCGACUUCAUUCCAACCCCGCCCCCUCUUCCCCCCCACGCCCUCGCCCAGAUCGAGAAGGCUAGACUGGAGGAUGCUGCUGCUAAAGCCGCCCCUUCUGCUGCAGCUGCUGCAGCAGAAGUAGAAGGUUUCGUCUCAGAAUGA